ACGAUUCUGUUUCACGCGUACUUCCGGCCGUUUCCCCCGCGUGCUUUAUGUCUUAUUCGAGGGACGAUGAGGAAAAGAAAAAUGUAACCGUGCGUGUUAAGAAAACGUAGGAGUAUCGAGAGCGAUGUGAGAAAUGGAGAGAGAAAAAAAUACGCCACACAAAACGAGAAAAAAAAAAAUUACGAUGACGAAGAUUGAUGGACGGCGUUCUCUUUAGUAAGAUUUAACGGCGAACGACCUACGAUAUUGCAUAUACGAUAUAUUGUGUUUUCUUUUUUUUUUCUUUUUUUCUUUUUUCUUUUUUUUUUCUUUCUUUUCGAUGAUGAUCACGACGACGACUAUUGCUUGAUGAUUAUUGAUACGACGACGAUUUAUGGUAACGACUAUAGCGCGAGAGUAUGGUGGGAGUAUGUAUAAAAUGUAUUUUAAGCGUGGAUAAUUAAAAAAAAGAAUCAAUUUACAUUUACAGUUUCCAGUAAUGAGUAACAAUACUGAUGUGGGUUGUGCAUAACAAAAAAAAUAACAAAAAAAAGUAAAGAAAGAACGUGUACACGUAACAUGGCGGGCCCAUUUCAAUGGAGAAUCGGACCGAUCGAGAAUCGAUAAUCUCAAUCGAAUCGCGCGCAGUCGCGCGAAAUACGAAUUUUCGUCCCUGUGAGGAUAAAGCCUUUCUUUCCUGACUGUUCUCUUUCAUUCUACUUCACUGUAUUCUGCGAGUACAUCAUUGUACUAAGAAUUUCAAUUCGACGCAUUUUUGAAGAUUUAAAUAACUUUGCUUUUGAAAUUGUAAUGUUCUGUAGAAUAUCAUAAAAAACGUAUUUGAAAGGGUUAUGAAUUAUGCAAUAUAUCGAAAAGUGAAACUGAUAGAAAGCGCGCAAGAAGAAGUAGAAGAAAAAUGAACAUGUAGGUAAAUAAGGCGUUAGAGAAUGAAACAGGAGUGCCAAAUCAUCCGUGACUUCCGUCCCACUUGGGCAAUAAAUAAAUGCACAGCAACUUGGCGAGAAUGCAAAUGUUUGCCAUUUGUCCUCCAAUAAUCGUAAGGAUUCUUAACCUGUCCGUUGUAUCGAUUCUUUCUUUUUUUCGUGAUUGUGCUAGAGAAAUGGGUAUUAGUAGCGAAUGCGUUCAACAUCCGUUAUUUUCGCUAUAAGAAACUUUAUUCCUCGUCGUGUAUUAACGAAUAACGACAAUAGGAAGGGAACGAGCAUUUUAGUCAGCUGAAAGAAAAAAAGAAUAUAUAAAGUCGCGAGUCUAUUUGGAUGAUACUUUUUGGGGUUGAAGAUCGUUGCUCGUACGAUCGAUCCUGAUAAAGUAAUUUCGACACUCGCUAUUAGUGCCUAUCGUUUCGUCGAUAAUCGGGAUAAUAAAAGGUGUUUUCGUCGGUAAUGUCGCACCUCUCAUCCCAAUUCGUCAAACGGACUAAAAAAAACAAACUCGAAUCCGAUUCUCCAUACCAAUGGACGCUUUUAUUUAAAUAUACAACAAAACAUACACACACACACACACGACAGGAUCGGCCGUGAUUAAUUCUGGCAGUGGUUAAAUUAUAAAAUGAUAUUUAUUCGAACGACUUGCCAGGUUUCGUUGCACACAGUAUGUACACACACGAAACAGUAGGUUCAAGCGACAAAAAAAGAAAAAAAAAUCAAUAAUGACGGAAAGAGAUCUAUAGAUUACGGAUUAAUGGAUGAGUUAUAUAGUUAUUUGAGAAGUUUCACGAAAUAUCGAUGUAUAUAUUUUAAGUUUGUAUUAUAAUGCUCCCCACUUAAUUUGUAUGAAAUGGAGAAUUUCAAACAUUAAAAAUGAUGAGAAAAAAGUCUCGGAUCUUUUUUUUUUUUGUAUUUUCGUCGAGUGUUCUUGUCGUAUUAAAUAAACUUAUCUUGCAAGUUUAAAUCGUUGAUUAAUCAAGACACAUUGUAAGCAUAGUCUGAUAAGAAAGAUUGGAAGGAUUAUUGGUUAGAUUCUACCCGUUUCUUAAAGACUGUGUCCCAUUUUUAUGCAAGCAUCUUUUCAACACUACCACUGUAGUAUCCAAUAGAACAUCGUCGUGAAUUAAAAAGAGAACGGUCGAUGCUUGCUCUUGUUCUUUCAGCGCGCUACUACAGCUGACGACGGGCGGAAGACUGCGCAGUGCAGUACCACAUGUCAAUGUCCGUUGCGCAUGUACUUACCGGUCAGAGAGACAUGGCAGGUGUUUCGGUUACUUCUUAUUGUUGACUAUUUUUAAUAAAUAAAAAAACGUUGCCUAGAAACUGUCUGAAGGACAAUGAUAACGUGUAGCUUAGAUAACAAUUUGUGAAACUUACUUUAUGUAACCCACUUACGGGAGCCUUUGUAAACCAUGUCGAAUCCACGAGAAGCAGAGGUUCAAAGUCUUAAGGAGCGUGGAAAUACGUGUGUGAAAGAACAGAAGUAUGAAGAGGCUAUGUUUCAUUACACGCAUGCUAUUAAACUUGAUCCACAAAAUUAUUCUUUGUACAGUAAUAGAUCAUUUGCCUUUUUAAAAAUGCAUCAAUAUCAUUUUGCUAUGGAAGAUGCUCUAAUGACAAUUCAAUUAAAACCAGAUUGGACCAAGGGUUAUUUUAGGAAGGCUGAAGUAGAAUCACAAACUUUUCACUUUAGCGAAGCUCUUCAAUCUUACUGCAAAGCUUUAUCGCUUCAACCAAAUGAACCAACUAUUUUAGAAGCAAUGCAUAGAGUAGCCAAAUUAUUGAUUCAAGAUAAAAGAGCUGAUCAACAAAUACCCUGGCUUGGAGCUGGUGUUGGUAUCAUACUUGGAGUUAUAGUUGUAAUUGCUGAUUAUGUUUUUACAAACAAACCUACAUUAACGCAUCCUCUUUUGAUGGUCUUAUUGACAAUGUCCAUAGCAAUGCUAGGUUUUGGCAUUGCAAAGGGAUUUCGUUAUUUCGUAAAACGUCAAAGAAAGUCGCUUUUAGAACCACCAGUGGAUCUUUUUGGUAAUGAUAAAGAAGAGCUUGAUGAUAUUGAAGCUGAAAUGAAUAAUGAAAAAGAGAAACACCCGAAAUAUACGGCCAGGGGCACAGGGCUGAGGGCUGAGGGCUCGACAGGGCCUGGAAUAACGUUCACGGGACGGCCGCGGGCCAGCCCAGCAAUGGAACAGGCGAAAACUCCCGCGUCCCGGCUACUUAGCACGAGUUGCAUAGAGAAUAAGGACGACUUGGAAGAGAAAUUUGAAAGAUGUUAUACAGUGCUUCAGAACCUGACUGCAGGACUGUCAGAAAAAGAAGCCCAUGAUACGCUAAACAAUGCUGUGUGUAAGGAUAAAACACACGAAGAAGUUUCAUUAGGGUUGUUGGUAGUCAUUCUGACAGAUCCCCAGAGUGCUGCAAAAAGUUAUAGAGACUUGACAUUAAUUACCAGAGAUGGUCUUGCAAUUGUAUUAGGACAUCUUAAUCAAUUAGUACUUGAAAGAUACCUGCGACUGAAUGAUGUGACCAGAAGUCAGCUAUUAUGGCUCCUAAGAGAAAUGAUAAGAACUAGUGUAGCUAGUGUGGAUAAUCUUUGUUUAAGUUUAUUAAGGCAUGCAGCAGGUGGAGAUAUUUCACCAAGAAAUUUAUUUUUAGUUGAUGCACUUUUAGAUAUUUUUCAAGAGAAUAGGCCUUGGUUGGAUAAGUUUCCUUUUUUAGUAGCAUCUAUUGUUUAUACUUAUUUGCGAUUAAUAGAAGAUCAUAAUGCACCUCAUUUAUCCGGUUUGCGUCAGAAAGAAGUUACCUUUACUGUAUCUCUGAUAAGAGAACGUAUGGUUGAUUGCUUAGUUAUUGGAAGGGAUUUGGUACGCUUAUUGCAAAAUGUUGCCCGAAUACCGGAGUUCGAGGCACUUUGGAAAGAUAUGCUUCUAAAUCCAAAAUCACUUUGCCCAAAUUUUAACGGAGUCCUUCAACUUUUACAAACUAGAACUUCUAGAAGGUUUCUACAAUCGAGACUUACUCCAGAUAUGGAAAGAAAACUAGUAUUUUUAACAAGUCAAGUUCGUUUUGGUAAUCACAAACGAUACCAAGAUUGGUUUCAAAGGCAGUACCUGGCCACACCAGAAUCGCAGUCAUUACGAUGCGAUCUUAUACGAUUUAUCGUUGGUGUUAUUCAUCCGACAAAUGAGUUGUUGUGUUCAGAUAUUAUACCGCGGUGGGCAGUAAUAGGCUGGUUAUUCACCACUUGCACAUCAACCGUAGCUGCAAGUAACGCUAAGUUGGCAUUAUUUUAUGAUUGGUUAUUUUUUGAGCCAGAAAAAGAUAAUAUUAUGAAUAUCGAACCGGCAAUUCUUGUAAUGCACAAUUCUAUGAGAUCCCAUCCACCUGUCACUGCCACAUUGCUAGACUUUUUAUGUAGGAUUAUACCAAACUUUUACCCACCUUUAACCGAGAAAGUGAGGAAUGGAAUCUUUUCGUCGUUAAGACAGAUUUUAGAGAAAAGGGUUUUGCCAAGUCUUUAUCCUCUAUUUGACAGUCCGAAGUUAGAUCGCGAAUUAAGGAGUAAAAUAAGAGAAACGUUUAAGGAAUUCUGCUUACCACCUAAUGCAGAUCCCGGUAAAAUGGAGGAACUUAAUAAGGAUCUUACACCAGGAGCCAUACUGGAGAAUGCAGCAAAUGCGCCAGUUGAAAACAAUCACGUAAAUCAAGACCCAGAACCAGCUUUCAGUGAUGAAGAAGAAGAGAUACCGCUAAGGAUAGUGACUAAAGUAGAAGAAGAGGAUGAAGAAGAUGUUCCAUUAGCGAAUGUGAAGUUGAAGAACGAACAGAAAAAUACAAACUGUGUUGUGAAAAAAGAAGACAUUACAUCUCAGUUAAAUUUAAUUUUAGAACCAGAAUUAAGGACUGCUGUGGACAGUUUGCACAGUGAAACAGACAAUGAAGUGAGGUGUCAGACAAUGGAAAGGAUAGUACAAAUGGUGGUAGAAGAUGAAAUAGACGCGGAAACUAUACCAGGAUUGGCUUCUUGCAUAUCAACUAUCUUAUCCUCACAAAUUACCUCCCAAAUAUUUCCAACAGAUAAUUUGAAUGAAGAAGCCUUGACUGAUAGUAUAAGCACACCGUUGUUCGUUAUGUUUCGAAAUCAGUUUCAGUUGUGUAAAGAAGAGGACAAUAGGCGGAAGCUUCUAGCUCGGGUAUUAGCAGAGAUGCAAAACGUCCAAUCAAGAAUAGGUUAUCUUUUACUUUACUUUUUGAAAGUAUGGGGCAGGGAAGAAGAAAAGCGAGAAGGUGAACCAAGCAAUGUAUUAAAUGAUGUUAAGGCGUCGGUAUAUAAAGAUUUUUGUGCACAUCGAGAAAAGAAGUUAGAUGCCUGUUUGGUAUCUGAUUUAAAGCUGUGCCACGAGGAUAACAUAUUUAUGCUUUGUUAUCUUGUGCCUGAUAUAUACAUGGGAUUUCAAAAUGUGACUUUAGGAAAUGUUCAGUUAUUGCAUUUGGUGGUGUCGACCGUUGAUGCAUGUCAAUUACAAGAAUUAGUCUGUCAAAUAAUGCAAGGUCACUUAAAAAUGUUAAAGAAGGAAUCGUUUACGUCAUUAUUAACAGCAAGUUUAAAUUGGGAAACAUUUGAACAAUACUGUUUUUGGCAACUUAUUUUUGCCCACGACUUUCCAAUCGAUUAUGUACUGCCUGUUUUACCUAAACUACAAUUCCGUGACCAUGCAGAAGCAUUAACAUCGAUAUUGCUUAUGCUGAAACAAGAAAAGCCAACGUUAGAACUUUUACGACAAUUGCUUGCACGACAAAACGUGGACGGAGACAUGUUCGUUGUAGCAGCGUUACGUUAUUGGUGUCGCGAUUACGAAGAAAAACUUGGAGAAUUGCUUGCGAAUCUUUUAAGCACUCGUUAUCCUGCUACUAGUCCAAAUAAAAGAAAACGAUCGGGUGGUAAACACAACCAACAACCUGGUCCACCCAGCGGUGAACAGGUCCUUGGGCAUUUGGAUCAAUUACGACAACAUUGCACAUCGUCUGCUGAAUUGCAGCUGUAUCAUUCCGAAGGAAUGCAAAGAGCUUUGCAACAAGCACAAGCGGCUAGUAGCGAUUCGUUAAGAAAAAGUUAUGGAGAUUUAUUCGCUCUGGCGGAAGUUAACGAGGAAAAUGAGCCUCCCCCACCUCCGCCAACAAGUUCAGCACGAAAACAUGCAGCAGCGUCGACUGGAGCCGGCGGAGGUGCUGGUAAAGGAGGUCAUAGAAAAACUGGUGCUAAUACGAGGGAAAGAUCUAGUUCCAAAAGGCCGCCUCCUCGAUAUCAUCUUACCAGUACAUCUAGCAGUGAGGAGGAAGAGAUCGUGAAUUUAAAACAAGCAAAAAAGAGAAAAAAAAUUAAUCCAGUGGGUUCUGACAGCGACUGACCACCCAGUGUCUUCAAACGUCACAUGGACCACGUCACGUGUGUGCAGCAAGCUAAACUAGCCCUAAGAAUAGUAAGAUAAUAUAGUAUAUAUAAUAGAUCUCUAUUUAGCGCGAUUUGUAAAUAUAGUAUAUGUCGAGAGUGAAUGCGAAACAAAUACCGAUCAUGUGAUCUUGCACAUAUUUCGCAGGCACAGUACAUUAACAAUGUUGACAGAUUCUUUAUUUCCAUUAAUUCCAUUAUUUGUGUCAAAUACAUUCUAACGAAAAAGAAGAUAUAUAUAUAUACAUAUAUAUAUAUCUAGGAUAUAUGUGAUAUUUAACGCGAAGAACAAAAAUUUAUAAAUACUGGUUAUAGCUUUUCUAGGUAAAUACAUAUGACAGAUCAACUUGUCAUGACACGUCAAUACUCUGGACUUUUAUUUAAAGGAGUAAAGAGGGUUUUUGUAUCAUUUAUCUGUCAGAUAAAGUUACCGAGAGGCAAAACUAGUCAUAAAUUAAAUUAUAUUUUGAUAUACUCUUAAAUAUACGAGGGCAUGGAUUUAAGAGUAGAAAAUUGAAUCUGACAACAUUGUAGAAAGGGAUAAAGUGACACAAAAGUUCUCUCUGUGAUCACUUUGUUUCUAACAAAGAGAAAAAUCCAUUAUUCGUUAUUCAAUUUUGUGGUUGACCUCGAGGAAUGCGGACACGAUUGUAUUUAGAAUUAUUUCGUAAUUUGUUUAUUAAUUUUGUGACUAGUAUACUUGACCCUAUUGUCCAAAUUUCUGUCACUUCGUUUUUUUUUGUUUUUUUUUUUUUUUUUUUCAUUAUGCGGUAACUAUCGAUAAGGACUCGCGUCUCACAAAACAAUCAACGAGGGGGAGAAAUGGUUACUUUUGUUGCCAUAAACUGUGAACGCAAUUUGUACGGAAUCGUUAAAUAGCUUUUUAUUAGAAUUAAGGACCUUCUGCAGGAGAACAAGGAUGUAUCAAUAAUGUCUCGCUCCAGCACGAAGCGUACAGUUUUACGACCAAAUGUAUUUUACGUCUGCGCUUAGUAAGCAUAAUCAUUCUAAAGACGCAAAAAAAUUUUUAUAUUUUGCACGAUGGAAGGUUGUCCGUUUUUUUUUUCUAAAAUCUAACGUUGAUGAAUAAAAAUACGAUCAGUUUUUAUUUUAAUCGUAAUAUUUACGAUAUAGUUAUAACCACGAAAAUAAUACGUCUUUCGUUAAAUCAAUUUAAAAUUCGUGACAGUAUUUUAUUUAAUAUUUCUUAUCAUUCGUGAAAGUAAGAUACGAUUCAGGAGAGACACCUUCCAACGAGCAUAGAACCAGGCGUCAUGUACACUUAAGUCCUAGAAAAUGUAAGUAUGAAGUAUCAUUGUUCACCUCUGUACAUUUCCUGUAAAAUCGGUUACUUGUAAACAUAUUAUAAGUAGCUGCGUUAUGUAUUUUCUAGUUUGUACAUACCAGAGAGAGAAAGAAAGUGUGUAUUGCAUACAUGUGUAUAUUUGAAACUACCUACAUAAUGCGCGACAAAUUUUUCAGAAAUUCUUAGUAAAAUUUGUUAUCUUUUUUCUUAAUUAAGAAAUGUUGUAUUUCUGCAUGAAUCUGAUUUUAGUAAAAAGUUAUGCAAGAAUUGUGUCAUACAACUCGAAGAGAUGACGCGUAAAAGGGUAACACAAUGGCGUCUUAGCGACAAAUUUUUUUACUUAACGCGCAUGGUGUACGUAUGUACCAGCCAUUUGUAAUGGUGUAUAAAAUAAGGUGUGAUAGUCGAUAUUGUUAUUAGGUUUUUCUACUUGUACAUAAAUUUGCGGCGUUAUGCGAGAAUAAUUUAAAAACGACGAUGAUUAAUCGCGAGAGGAUAAUAUACGACAGGUAUGAGUGUGUGCGAGCAUGCGCGAAUGAAAGACAAACCGACACAGAUGAGAACAUAAACGCGAAAUUAACGAUGCGCGAGGCAAUACGAAAACAAAAUUAUAAAAUAGACCUGUAAACAUUUAAUGUUUUUAACGAUCUUGUACACACAAAUACACAUGUAAAUACAUGAAUAUAUAUAUUAUCGUAACGCGAGCAUAAACAUUUAAUGUUUUUAACGAUCUUGUACACACACAUACAUGUAAAUGUAAAUACAUCGAAAAAAAA